AUAGCGAUUCGGAAAAUUAAAUGGAAAUCCUUGUAGUAGAUGAAACCGAGCGAAAAGUUUCAAGUUGCCAACUGUAUAUCACGAAUAUUUGCAUAACCACUCCCGAUUAUUAAAUAAACGAUAUCUUAUUUAUGACAUCAGCGGCGCCACGAUCAUUUAUUGGUGGCAGCUAAACUCCUUUUUUUAUUUUUAGUGGCGAGGACUAGGAACAGGAAGAGAGAGGGAGAGGGAGAGAGUAUAGGCGGAGAGAUACAAUGUCAGUGUUUGUGAGUUGGACAAACAGAAAAGUUUCUCCACCAACUGGAUCUCGCAGAACUGUUUACACGCUGUGAGUGGGAGAAGCAAAGACUUUGCUACGAUAAUCCGAAAAUUUCGCUCGGGGCUGACUUUCUACCUAAAAAUCUCUCGUCCCGCAUUCGUAGCCCGGAGCCCAGCCGACUGUUUUGAUUUCAUCAGCGAGCGGACGAAAUGAGAUGCAAGAUGAAAUCCCAAGAAGCGGCAGUCUGUUGGCCCGGGGCUAGACUCGCCAACCGAGUCGUCGACGGGGCCCGGGGCCAUCCCGUCAGACGGGUGCCUCCGUACGCCCCCGGCUAUCAAUAAACGCUAGCAGAGAGAGAAAGAGCUCGAGUGAAAAACCGUCGGAUGGCAGUGGAGACGAGAACGGAUGGGGGUAGAAAGGCGGUAAGAAAUCGGCGGGCGCAUGCGCCAUAUUUUACCUUACGAAAGGGGAAAAGGUAGAGGGAGGGUAGCCAGGCCGCACGCGCCGUCCUGCACCGAACGGUACCCGAGGCAAAAAUCGCUUCCCUCCCUCGCAGCCCCACAGGAUUGAUCCCGGUCCAGGAGUAUACCCCGGGGGAGAGCGGCUAGUAUUCGUUAAGUAGUGGCCCGUCCUUGCAUAGAAAUCCAGCCCUCGCUAGUCGACGAGAAAAACUCGAUCCCCGAAGGCAGAGCUCUCCCUAUGCAGUCGGCCCGGGCUGGCUGGACCACCUCGGGCUAUGAUUAACCCUUACCUAGCGCAGAAACAAUCCGAAGCUGUGAGGCAGCACACAACCGAGACCGGCAGAGACAAGCCGCCAGCCUAGCCACUUCUCUCGCUGAGUCUGGCCGGCACACGAAUGGCUGCCCGCGGUGCUGACGGUCGUACCGUACCGUCGCCUUCAGUUACCCCUCGUCCUUGCCCGUCGACCGCUCUGGAGACGGCCGCAGCCGGCUACGCUGGACGUUUCUCCAUUAGCAGUGAUGAACUGGAAAGGGUUAUGGCUCUCGAUGCAGGAGAGGACACCUCCAGACCAGUUGGUAGAAUAUGGUCGUGGUUAGAACCCAAAUUAAUGAUGAACUCGUCUGAUAGCAAUUAUAAUCCUAAGAUCUCAGGUAUUCCUUGCGUGGCUGCAGCUUCUCGUUACACUGCACCCGUUCACAUAGACGUUGGUGGAACCAUCUACACUUCUUCGUUGGAGACACUUACUAAACAUCCCGAAUCUCGUCUUGCAAGAAUGUUCAAUGGAAGCAUUCCCAUCGUGUUGGACAGUCUGAAACAACAUUACUUCAUCGAUCGUGAUGGGAAAAUGUUUAGACACAUUCUAAAUUUCCUGAGGACCAAUACAUUGGCCAUUCCGGAAUAUUUUCCAGAAAUGGAGCUUUUGUACGAAGAAGUGAAAUUCUACGACAUUCCCGCAUUACAGAAGUUAGUCGAGGAACAUAUUAGGAGAGAAAGAGCUAAAAAACAGAAUCAUACCAAUAACGUUCAUCACGAGAAACAUCAUCAAAACGCCAAGUGUUCUAAUCACGAAGAGAAAAAUGGCGACAUCGAAUAUCAGUGUCUCGCUCUGAAUAUCAGUCCCGAUCUAGGAGAAAGAAUUAUGAUAAGCGGCGAGAGAGCUUUGGUGGAAGAAGUGUUUCCAGAAAUAAGUCAAGCUUUGAUGGAUGGAAGAAGUAGUGUCGCGUGGAACCAAGAUUCAAAACACGUCAUACGAUUUCCCCUCAAUGGAUAUUGUAAGUUAAAUUCACUACAAACUAUCACUCGUCUGUUAAAUAACGGAUUUCGGAUAAUGGCUUCGAACGGAGGCGGAGUGGAAGGACAACAGUUUAGUGAAUACCUCUUCGUUCGAAAAUCUUUACCUCUCUGAGAUCACUCGUGAGAUUCCAGAUACGGUGCUACAGUUAUACUAACUGUUGUCAAACUUUUCUUCAGAAAACUUCGACUAUCUCGAAAUUUUCUUCGUUCGUCUAUUUCAGACGUCAUUCCUACCGAAAUACAUACAAAAGCGGAUUAUACGCAAUGUUCCAGUGCCAUAAUAUCAUCCUAGAAGAACUUUUGUUGCAAGAAGAAUGUCAAUAAUUAUUUAAACAAAGACAUUUUUAAACGUUCGUCUCUCUAAUUUGUCAAAUUAUUGGCUAUUUUUGAGAAUAGUCAAUAAUUACGUGAGGCUUCUUGUGUUUUACCACCAAUUUAUUUUGGAAACUUAUUCGGAAAAGUGGGUAAAAAAAAGAAGUGAAUGUUGGCACCGUAACGAGAAAUAGGUUAGGCGCCAUUCUGGAUGACUUACGCUAGUCACUAGCCAAGAUGCCUGAAGGAAUCAUCUGGCGAGCCUGGAGACGAGCCUGUGGCAAGCAGUGCUACCGAUGACUGGACUAGAUAAAGACCGGUCGUGGUAGUACUUGCUUGCCAUACAUUCAUAGUAAGUGAAACAUAGACAAGGGGUUAGAAUGGGGUCAUGACAUCUUCGUUUUUUCCCUUUUAUGUCAGUUAAACGUUCUUAAGCGAUAAGAUUGUUAUAGCAAAAAAGUUCCAUCUAAGUUUUAUUGCUUUUGGAAUUUUUUACUCUUUCCAUCACUAAAAAGUAGUAAGGAAGGAGAAUGUGCAAUUUAGAUAUUUACUUCAAUAUUUAUAAUGUUCCAAUGGGUUCGGUAAUAGAAUAAAAAUAAAUACCCUGUAGAUAAAUGUUUUUGUUGUGCAAAUAUUCUACCAUUUUAAAAAGGUAGAAAACUGCAGCUUGAAAAUUAUGAAUAUAUAAAUAUAUAUAUAUAUAAAUAUAUAUUUCUGUUUUCAAUAAUUACGAUAUCUAAAAUUAAAUUGAAAACUUUUACAAACCAAUCACUUGUGACAAGUGCCUUUUUAAAAGAAGGUUUAAGUUUACAGUGUGAGGUCAAAUAUGGCGGAAGUCUUCACUUUCCAUUUUCUUUACGUGAUUAACUUUACCAACAGAGAUGUAACAUUAACCUACAUACCGUCGAUGCAAUAGUUGCUAUAUAGGUCAGAACCUUUUACCUGAGGCUUAAGUAUCCUCAUCCAUUUAAUCUGUGGAUUAUAAAUGCUGAAUUUACAAUAAGUCAAUACCUAUUUCCUUUUUUAUAACAUAUUUAUAAUAAUAAAUAAAUAAAAUCACGCAAUAUUUUGUAUAAAAUGGUUAUAGAUAAUUUUAUUCUUCGUAUUUAUAAGUUUUUCUCUUAAAAGGAAUACAGAAGAGCUUAAGUUUAUUAGCAUAUUUACAAGUAAACAACAUUAAUAACUUAUAGAAGAGCUGAAAUUCUCAUAUUUUCAACGCCCAAGCUAUAUAAUGUCGCUAUAAAAGACAAAGUUCAAAUGGUAAUGUCGACUAACCACUCUUAUAAAUAUAAUUUAAUUUAAAAGCAAAGGUUUGUGUAAGCAUAAGAAUGUAUGGACAGCAGUACUUGUUAAACCAGACUGAUAACUAAUUCCAAGUCCACUUUCUUAACCUAAACACCUUUAAAUCGUUUCCACAGAUGACCUUAACCUCAGGCAGGAAUGGCACACGUCUACCAAAUGACAAAUGAAAUCCUUGCACUUUUAUAACUGGGAGUUAUCCUCUAUUAGAGGAACCAAAGGCUAGGUUGAAGUAUCAGUUCUGCUUAAUUUAAUUUCUAAACAUUCAUCCCAUCUACUACCCUCCAGGCAAAACAGAUUGUGACAUAUCCGGGUAGGGAUAUUGCGUGCCUAGACACGUGAUAUGACGUCAUCAACCACUAGUUAAUUAUUACUCACGUUAUCACUGGAAUUUAGUACAUCAAAGUGACCGCAGAAACCAAUAACUGUCGUAAAUAUGUAACAAUUGGAUCCGCUAGAAAUAUCUGGAGUGGUAGGUUGUAACUUUCUUCUGACAGGAUUAUUUGAAUAAAUAGUAUCAUCUUAAGAGAAUUAACUGGUUUCGUAGGAUAUUAAUAGAGUUAGAACCAACAAUCCGGGCACAAGAAAAAAAGAAAAUUGUUUUAAAUUUUAGUCGACUGACAGAGUGAAUCUUAUCAGAAGAGUUUAUUCAUAAAACGGAACAAGUUGGUGCUAAAAAAAAUACAAAAACAAAACUUCUCAAAAGUCCGAUUAACUAUUUAUUCUUAUAUUCUAUCACUGAUCAAAAUUACCGUCCCGAUAUUAUCAUUAUUAAUUAAAGCAAUGUUAUUAGAAUAUUUGUUAAUUAGUAAUUGCAUUAAUCAGUGAUUGUAUAACAAUAUUUCGCAAAAGCUAGUCUGUUAGUGAACUGAAUUGUAUUUUUAAUUUGUAAAUCCUUGUGUGUGAAUGCAUUUUUUGGACAAUUAAUCCAAUUAAUAAUCACUGUUUGGGUCUUUUAUGUAUGGGCCUAAAAAACAUUUUAAAUCAUGUUUAUCGCGAUAUGUAUAAUAAUUAAAUCUUCCAUCACUCGAUACUACCGAAUUAUUCUAUAGUUUGCAAUCAAAAUUUUUAAUUUCCGAAGAUAUUAAAUAUAGAUUGUGUCGAUUUUUACUUAAUGAUCUUUCGUGUAGAUAAUAUGAAAGGUAUGUUAAAUCAUAAGCACUCACACUGUAUCCAUUCAUACCGAGAUCUCAAGGUAGAAGACAUUUGUAACCUUGUAAACGUGGACAUUAUAAUGAGGUGUAGAGGUUAUAGUCCAAGGAUUUGGUGGCAGGUAAUUUCGCCUCGCUAGUACAAAUAAACCCAUCAAUGCUUUUUUUUCCUCGUAUGUACUUAGGCAUAUGUAUGUUGUUAUAAAAUCAUAGUUCCAAUUGUCUUCAAGGCUGGUACUAUUGCCGUGAUUCUGUGCCAUAUUUGAAAAACUGGACCUUCAUGCUAUAAAUGUAUAUAUAUAUGACAAUUUACGAGGAAUAAAAUUAUAUUGCUUUUUAA